AAGAAGAUAAUCUGAACUGAAUAAAAUGUCGGCCAUGUCGGCAAUAUCCGCCAAUGGCAGUUAUGUGGUCGUUUGGGAAUGGGAAAAUCGGCCAAACAGAUGGCGGCCGUAUAGCCCGGAAGUGACCCAACUCCUUGAACGUGCUCACAACAAGAAACUAAACAGGAUUUAUCUCAAGGACGCGGAACCACUUUUGGCGGAUUUCUAUGUAAAUAUGACAACGUUCGAGCAGUGUUGUGAACCUACUGGCGCUAAGUAUACAGUUAGGAGGGAGUUCUAUCCACAUACCUCACCGGCUGGCAAGGGAGCUAAGUGGGAGUGGAGCGGAGAAACUCCAGGAGACUGGCACACCUAUGAUAUGGAGGUUCAGGUUGUUCUUGAGGAUUCCUGGAGUAAAGGAGAACAGACAAUAGAUAUUUCAACAUUCUUCCCUGGCUGUCCUUAUAUCAUGAACUUCUGUAAUCUCACACAGGUGCGUAAAACUACAGGGUUUGUACGACCUAUGAGAAGAAUACAUCAGGCAUCUUAUCCAAUGGUUAAACUCACACAGGCGGAGAUAGCGGCGAUGGUUGGAAGGCGGGAGGAACGGCGGAGGUUGGCGGAGGAGGAGGUGGAGAGAAGGAACAGAGCGAAUAAACACAACAAAAGAAGUAAAAGUAAAGACAGGGGAAUCAUUGAUAUAAAAGGUGCUAAAACGAUGAAGAAUAUUGUGAACACUCUACUGGGGAAGGAACAUAAAAACUUCAUGUUUGGGACUAAAGAUCACAAGGAUGAGAUAAGUAAGGCUGCUAGAGAAGGUAGGACGGGUCGGGAGAGACGAAUGUCUGCUCCAGGUUUAGCCAACCCUAACUACUCCGACCAGAUCAGAAGUAAAACUAGAGAGAACCCGGCUAGAAGGUAUGAUGAUUAUACAACCCUGGUUCAGCAGCAGCGAAGGAUCGGUCAUCCUUCAGUAUCGGAAGCAAGUUUUCCUCUACCUGGUCGGCAGGCAGGCCAGGCCAAUCCUUACAGACGCUUUCAGGACUCCUCAUUCUCAUCCUUCAGUGAUACGGGUUCUCUGAUUCGUAGACCAUCUAUAGAUACAAUUUCUACCUACCUGAGCCAUGAGUCUAUGAUGAUGCAUAGAUACGGAUACGCUUCCCAGAACGGAUCAUACUAUGAUAGUUUAGGCAGUCAGGAGUUGAUUGAUCUGUAUGGGGAUGAGGAUUCAGUGUUUACUGAAGACAGUGCAGAAGAUGGACAUUCUACAUAUAGGAGUAGACAUCCAGGAUACAGAUUGACCGGCUCCCCUGCUAGUGGUAAACAAUACUCUCGAUCUUCCAACAGGAUCGAUUAUAUCGGACGAUCUUCACAACGGAUUGACUCGAUGGGACGAUCGUCCCACAGAAUUGACGCAAUGGGACAAUCUACGCACGGAUUGGAUUCUCUUGGACGAUCCUACAAUCAGCUGGAUAUUCUGGCAACUCCUAGUAAACGACGCCUUUUUGCUGGAUCCAACCAACAACUACAACAACAAUAUCAGACCAGUACACCACAGAGAUCAACUGGGGCUCGAGUAUCUACAAGAAGCUAUAGUAUGUCCGGAGCAAGAGUUCUUUCAGAUCCGUCCUUAUCCUUCAACCGUCCUCAUACUGGAUCCAACCAUCAGCACAGUAAUAGUGAUGUUAUUAAUACAAGAUCAGGAGUAGCUAGAGGAACUGUUCGUCCUUACAGUCAAGAUUUAACAGAAUUACAGGAAUCGUUUGAACGAGAACUUUAUGUGAAUCAACGCCAGUUAUCAGACGAUAUUGACGAGCACCGACGUCGGAAACAUCGUUACCAUUAUAUCGACGACGACGAUAGAUCUGUCAGCGCCUACGAUCCAACUUUCACGGAGAGCAUGAAUCCUCUACCUCUGCCUCCGAAGUUUAACCUUGGAUCACAGCAAUCUCUCGGGUCCUCCGAUAGAUACGGAGGAUCCCCAGAGAAACCUCUUCUCCAGAGUUCCAGGGGAAUGUCCUUAUCCUACCAGUCCUUAAGCAGUAGCAGAUCCAGUAAUAGGGUCAUCUCACCCACCCUCUUAUCACAGGGAGGGUAUGGUAAGAAACCAAUUCCAGCUCCUCGGACUCUUCUCCAUCCAUCCAGCUCUCCGCCCUCCCACCAUAGCAAUUGCCCGCCCAUCCAUCAAAACAAUGGCCCACCCAGCCAUCAAAAAAGUUGCCCGAACACCCAGCAGACCAGUGGCCCGCCCAUACUGCAUAAUCAUGAAAGAGCUGAAUCGGAACCUCUCAAUACGUCUCAUGGACAUGUGGAAAAACUGGUCACCAGUUUAUCUGAGUUUGUGAUUGAUCCGUGUAAACCUAGUGAGUUCUGUCUCAUCUGUAGGAACAGUCUCUGUACUCCCUCUCAGUAUGCUAGGUCGUCUAAAGAGAAUUCCGAUACCUCCGUUGUAGCUUUAGAGAAGUGUAGACACAAGUUCCAUUUCUCAUGCAUAGUAAUUUUAACAGAUAAUCAGAAUCCUGACUCCGGAUGUACAUAUAUACAGUGUCCGACCUGCGGCCAGAUUUUAGGAGAUAAGUUUGGAGAUCAACCUGAAACCGGGAUUAUGUCCUACAAGGUUAUUCCUAAAGGGUUACCCGGCUUCCAGGUACACCACCAACCUAGCAGAACAGAACUGUAGACGUAAUAUUAUGCUACAAUUAAUUUCAGAUUUUUUCUCCAUUGUUACUCUAUAUAAAGAUUGUAAGGACACCCUUCUCAAUCAGUCAUGUCAUUAUAUUAUUAGAAAGUUACUUGAUAUUACAACUAAUAAAUAAAAGAAGAAAACUAAUUGUUUCCAACAUUUGAGAUUUCUAGAUAA